CGUAUAAAUGCAAUAUUUUUUGGCUAUGUGUUUUAUUUUAGUAGCAUUGGGUUAACAAAUAAAAGGGAAUGGAAAACAUCAUAAACAUAAAAACAAAGAAAUAGGAUUUGUUUAGGUUUCAGCAGAUUUAAAUGAUUAACGUGUCAUCUUGGAAGGGAUUAUUCAAUAGGUGAAUCAAUUAGCUCUUUUAGUAUAAAGAUAAAAUGUAUUUGAUGAUAGUUUGAGAAAAAGACCAUUUGAUUUGAUGGGUUAAUUGGAUCGUCUAGAUAAAUUGGAAUUAUACCCAGAAGAAUCUAAGAUUAUUGGAAGUCUAAAAUAACAAUUAAAUAUAAUAUCAAAUGCAAUGGAUGUAGAUGAUUAUAUUUAAGAGUGUGAUGAUGAAGAUGUUUGUUAACUUUGUUAGGCCUCGAUGUAUUAUUAAUUGGAUGAUGAUAAUUGGUAUAUGAUUGGAUUUGAGCAUGGAUUUAAGUAAUUAUGCAUUGAAAUGAAGAAAGGAGUUCCAAUUCCUAUUAGAUUCUGCGAAAUAAGCACUUGGAUCUGAUGGGGAUCUCUUGUUGGCCUUUUCAAAUGAAAAUCAUAUUUGUUUACAAUUUGCCAAUUUAAAACAUGCAAUAGACAUUAAUGGUGUGCUGAAACUUUAUUUAGGAACCACUUUAAAUGAUUACUAAAAUAAAUUGAUUCAUUUACCAACUCAUGGAAUACCUUUAGAGUUCCUAGUGAGAGCAGAGUAUACAAAUAGAAAUUUCAUUUACAAAGAACUUAAAUUUAUUGUAAAUGAUAAUUCUUAAAGAGAUAUUCUGGGUGGUCGAUUAAAUAAAUUGCAAUUUUCGAUUUUCGAUUAAAAUGUUUAUAUUUUAGAAUAUCAUGUAAGGUGUUUAUUGAAUAUGAUGGCCAAUUUUACAUUUAAUCCCAAAUAUUCCCGUUUCAAUUGAAAACAAUUCAAGGAAACACUUAAUCAGAAUAAGUAAACUUAUUUAUAUUUAUUAUAAUUUAUAGAUUAACAUAAAAUAUUCUAAGAAUAUAGCUGAAAAGUAUUUAUCAAAUUCCAUUCUGAAAGACACUUUCAAAUUUAGCUAGAUGCAAGCUUCCACUUAUAUGAAUAGUACUGACAUUGUAAUAUCUGUUGAAUUAGAUUGA